AUGUCUCCAGCUCGAGUGGGUGAAAAAUGGUGGAAGAACUCCAUUAUCUACCAAAUCUACCCUGCCAGCUUCAAAGAUUCCAACAAUGAUGGCAUUGGCGACAUCCCAGGCAUCAUUUCAUCCCUUGACUACAUCACAAGUCUCGGCGUUGAUGUGAUUUGGCUAUGUCCCAUGUAUGACAGUCCCCAGAUUGACAUGGGCUACGAUGUGGCCGACUAUGAGAAGGUGUAUGAGCCCUACGGAACCGUGGGAGAUAUGGAAGUUCUCAUCGAUGCAUGCCACGAGCGAGGACUACGUAUCAUUCUCGACUUGGUGGUCAACCACACCUCCGACCAGCACAAGUGGUUUCAAGAGUCCCGUUCUUCAAAGACCAACCCAAAGCGUGACUGGUACAUCUGGAGACCGGCAAAGUAUGAUGCCAACGAAAAGCGUCAACCUCCCAAUAACUGGCGCAGUAUCUUUGGUGGUCCUGCAUGGGAAUGGGAUGAGACCACGGAGGAGUACUACCUCCACCUGUUUUGCGUUGAGCAACCCGAUGUCAACUGGGAGAAUGCCGUGACUCGUCGGGCAAUCUAUGAGUCUGCGAUGGAGUUCUGGUUGAAGAAGGGGGUUGAUGGAUUCCGUGUUGACACGGUCAAUAUGUACAGCAAGCAGCCUGGUCUUGCUGAUGCGCCAGUUCUUGACCCGAAAUCCGACACGCAGGUUGCCUUCUCGCAGUUCUGCAACGGUCCUCGCAUUCAUGAGUACCUUCGUGAGAUGAACGAUGUCCUUUCCAAGUAUGAUGCCAUGACUGUUGGGGAGUGUCCCAAUACACAUACACUGGAUGGUGUGCUUCGCUAUGUCUCAGCAGCUGAAAAGCAAUUGAGCAUGGUCUUUCAAUUUGACCUUGUGGAUCUGGGCAUGGGCAAAGACUACAAGUUCCUUACUAACUUCCCUGGCUGGACACUACGAGACUUGAAAUCAGCAGUGAAGAGCACCCAGGAUAUCAUCAAAGGCACCGAUGCCUGGACGACGGUGUUUAUGGAAAACCACGACCAGGGCCGGUCGGUCACACGCUUUGGUUCGGACAAGACACCUGAGCUACGGGUGCGUUCUGCAAAGAUGCUAUCCAUGAUGCAAAGUACUCUUUCUGGUACUCAAUUCAUCUACCAGGGCCAGGAGAUUGGAAUGGUCAACGCCCCGAAGGAAUGGACAAUUGACGAAUACAAAGACAUCGAUAGCACCAACUACUAUCAGAUGACCAGCAAUAUCACGAAUAAUGACCCCGUCGAAUUGUCAAAUGCAAUGGCUUCCUUGCAACACCUGGCUCGGGAUCACUCUCGACUUCCCAUGCAAUGGAGCGCUGACGCCAACGCAGGCUUUUCGCCUUCUUCCUCCGCGAAGCCGUGGAUGCGUCCGCACGACAACUAUCCCGAGCUUAAUGUGAAGCUUCAGGAGGUCGAUAAUGCCUCCGUUCUAUCAUUCUGGAAACAGAUGACCAGACUACGCAAGGAGUAUGCCGACGCCAUGGUCUUUGGAGAAUUUGAGAUCGUCGACGAGCCGAACCAGAGCGUCUUUACAUAUACCAAGAAGGGUCAGAAUAACAGCUUAUUGGUGGUUCUGAAUUUCUCAGAUAAGCCACAGAAGUUUGAGAACCCGGAUACAUUGAAGGGUGAUAAGUGGGAGUUGUUGGUUGGUAAUGUCAAAGAUCCUAGUGAGGAAUUACACGCGUUUGAAGGAAGGGUGAUUUUGAUUUAG